CCUUCACUUUCUCCACCGAGCACAGUUUGGAUAAAGUGGGAGGCGGCCUGCAGAAGAGAUCUGUUUUCCUUUACACCGGAUUAGGCGAAUACAAACAUACGGAUUGCGUGUUCCAUACGCCAGCGAUUGCUUCCGCAACAUCCGUUUGUCUUGUUAAUUGCAAAGAAAAUCUCCGUUUUGCUUUGAAAUCGACCAAACAGCUGGCGACAAAAAAAUGGCAAAACGUGUGCAACCGACGUGGCAGGCGCCGGAGGAAAAACCCGCCCCGAAGCUGUACCUGUACAACAGUUUGACCCGGCGGAAAGAGCUGUUCGUGCCGCGGGACGGCCGGAACGUGCACUGGUACAGCUGUGGGCCGACCGUGUACGAUGCGUCCCACAUGGGCCAUGCCCGGUCGUACAUUAGCUUCGACAUUCUGCGCCGGGUGCUGAGCGACUACUUCGGCUACAACGUGCUGUACGUGAUGAACAUUACCGACAUCGACGACAAGAUCAUCAAGCGGGCGCGCCAGAACCAUCUGUACGAGCGGUACCUGCAGCAGUCCAAGGACAUGCCGCUGGAGCGGCUGCUCGACGACAGCAAGGAGGUGAUGGCAACGUUCCGCGAGAACCUGGCCCGCACGACCGACGCGGACAAGAAGACGAUGAUGGACCGGAUGCUGGAGAAGCUGACCGCCGCCGUGGACAAUCUGUCGCUCGCGGUCAAGGAGGGCGACGAGGGACGCAUCCAGCAGGCGCAGGACCAGUUUCUGCAGGAUUCGAAAGAUCCGCUGGCGGAUCUGCUGGACAGCAAGCAGGGCUCGUCGGUGACGGAGAACGCCAUCUUCGAGACGCUGCCCCGCUACUGGGAGGACGCAUUCCACAAGGACAUGGCGGCCCUGAACGUGCUGCAGCCGGACGUGUUGACGCGCGUCAGCGAGUACGUGCCGCAGAUCGUGACGUACAUUGAGAAGAUCAUCGCGAACGGGCUGGCGUACGAAGCGAACGGCUCGGUGUACUUCGACGUGGCCGGGUUCGACCGAAGGGAGCAGCACCACUACGCGAAGCUGGUCCCGGAAGCGUACGGCGACGCGAAGCAGCUGCAGGAGGGCGAGGGCGACCUCAGCAUCGGCGCCGACCGGCUGACGGAGAAACGUUCGGCGAACGAUUUUGCGCUGUGGAAGAGCAGCAAGGCGGGCGAACCGUGGUGGGACAGUCCGUGGGGCCGUGGACGACCCGGCUGGCACAUCGAGUGUUCCGCGAUGGCGUCCGACAUCUGCGGCGACUAUCUGGACAUCCACACCGGCGGCGUGGAUUUGAAGUUCCCGCACCACGACAACGAGCUGGCGCAGAGCGAAGCGCACGACGGCAGUGCCGAGUGGGUGAAGUACUUCCUACACACCGGCCAUCUCACCAUUGCGGGCUGCAAGAUGUCCAAGUCGCUGAAGAACUUCGUCACGAUCCAGCAGGCGCUGGAGAAGCACACGGCGACACAGCUGCGACUCGCCUUCCUCCUGCACUCGUGGAAGGACACGCUGGACUAUUCCGACAACACGAUGGAGAUGGCCGUCCAGUACGAGCGCUUUCUGAACGAGUUCUUCCUGAACGUGAAGGACCUGACGCGCCACGUCCAGACCGGACCGGCGCGGGACGCGUUCGAUCGCUGGCGACCGGUGGAGGCGGAGCUGGAGCGAAAGUUUGCCGACGCACGUGCCGCCAUCCACGAGGCGCUCUGUGAUAAUGUGGACACGCGCACCGCGCUGGACGUGAUGCGGGGGCUCGUGUCCGCCUGCAACGUGUACAUCAAGGAGCAUCGAUCGGCCGGGUUCAAUGCACUGCUGUUGCGGCGUGUCGCCGCCUACUGCACGGAUUUGUUGCACAUUUUCGGCGCCAUCAGUGGGCCACGCGGUGGAAUCGGGUUUCCCAUUAGCGCUGGAGCGGCCGGUGAUGGCACGGGAAUGGCUGGAGACCUCGAACAAACCGUUAUGCCUUACCUGCAAGCGCUGGCAGAGUUCCGCAAUGCGGUCCGGGAGCAGGCACGCGGUCGGAAGGCGACCGAAAUCCUGCAGCUGUGCGAUCAGCUUCGGGACGAUGUGCUGCCCGGGCUCGGCGUGCGGCUGGAAGAUCGGGAAGGUGCGCCGUCCGCGCUGAAGCUGGUCCCGGCCGAGGUGUUGCUGCGCGAGCGUGAAGCCAAACGUGCCGAGGAAAACCGUAAGGCAGCGGAAAAGGAACGCAAAAAGGCGGAAGCGGCUGCGGCUCAGGCGGCCAAAGACGCCCAGCGCAAGAUCAACCCGCUCGAUAUGUUCCGCAGCGAGACGGACAAGUAUUCGGCGUUCGACGACGCGACCGGGCUGCCCACGCACGAUCUGGAAGGGAAGGAGAUCAGCAAGGGUCAGCUGAAGAAGCUGCAAAAGCUGCAACAGGCACAGGAGAAACGCUACCAGGAGUAUUUGGCUUCGCAGGCGUGAGGGUUGGUUAAACCGCCGCAGCUUCCCUCCUACAAAGCUGGAAAAUAAAUGCAUUUUUACUUCUUCAAACACUA